AUGUCCACGUCUGUGGAGUUCAAAACUUACGUAGAUCAGGCCUGCCAAGCUGCUGAGGAGUUUGCGAACAUUUACUAUGAGACAAUGGAUAAGAGACGUCAGGCACUCCCCAGGCUGUAUCUGCACAAGGCCACUCUAAUCUGGAAUGGAAACGCUAUUACAGGGCUGGAUUCCCUGACCAAUUUUUUUGACAUGUUGCCAUCAAGCCAAUUUCAAGUCAACAUGUUAGAUUGCCAGCCAGUUCAUGAGCAAGCUACCCAGUCCCAGCCAACAGUUCUCGUUGUGACCAGUGGAACCGUGAAGUUUGAUGGAAACAAGAAACGUUUCUUCAACCAAAAUUUCCUACUGACUGCUCAGUCCACGUCCACCAAUACGGUGUGGAAGAUAGCAAGCGAUUGCUUCCGUUUUCAAGACUGGGAUAGGUGUUAAAGGGGGCAAGAGUCCAUUCAUCUUUGGUUCAUUAGCUCCAGCA